GCGUUAGGACAAGUCGGGCCAGGAGGCUUUUGAGCAAGUGAGUAGAAAAGCCAUUCAGAUUUUUCACGACUCGCCUUAUCUGUGUGUUUUAACACACGCAGGAGACUCCUGUGUAUGAAUUCUAUCAAUUACCUGGAACAACAUUUUACAUAUUUACUUAUCUUCAUGUUCGACUUCGCUUUUGGUUCUUGAAUAUUGACUUUACAAUAGAUUUCAGCGAUUGGAUUUGUGUAUGGGUUGUAUGGGUCGCUGCACCUGAAACCACCAUUUGAUUCCCAUCAUCGACAGACCUUAAUGCUCAAGGAACGCGAAUGAGUGUGGGUCACUGGACGUACGGAAUUACAAGUUGCAUUUGGAGAAGAGGGUUGAAAAUUGAACAAGGCGCUUCGGCUGCGCAAGGAAACGAAGACAGGACUAAAACAGCGAUGAGAAGUAUCGCCUGUAUCAACAUGUUCUUGUGAGGAUGGUGUGCCGAGAGCUGAAGAAAGAUCUUUGAUGUUCAACAAUCAUUCAUUUAGGCGCACGUUUUGAUUAUUUUUGUCCUGUUUCCACUCGUCUCGGGGGAGACGAGGAGCAAACUGCAGAGAAAGAGUGACAGAGGGAAUGGGAGAGAGACCAAGCAGAAUCCUAACAGAUAACAACACGAGAGACAGGAGAAGACAUAUAAUCGUUAGAUAUUCUAUUGAAAUAUUUCAAUAAACCAUUUGUUAUAAACGGAUAAUAUUUUUUAAGCGGCAUCAGUUUGUCUGGAAGGACUUGCAUUGAAACGGCAGGAGGACCAUAAACACAAGUCAUGGAUUUGGCAUAGCGCGUACUCUACGGAGACACUGAAAUAGGCUAUUUUUCUAUUUGAUACAUUUUCACCGUGGCCUUUCAUUGUGGACGUAAACUUCUUUUCAGUGAAUCGAAAUAUUUAUUUUCUGUUGGCUCUUUUCCUUUGGGGUGUUUUUAUCCAUGCCAGUGCCUACAACACCUAUCCCCUAACAGCAAACCACCUACAGCCUACAUCAGGCUUCAACGUUUUGCUCCGGAGAGUCUAGUCCUUUUACCUUUGGGAAACAGAAUCCCUUGGCAUUGAUGGGGGCGAGAAAACGGGAUUUUGCUUUUGAAAUGGAGAGUCGGAGCUGUGGGAAUGGAUGGGGAAUUCUGCUAAUAUUCCUAGUGGAUUUACUUGGAAUCUCUGCGACCAACAUGGAGCCCAUCUACUGGAAUUCCCUGAACAAAAGAUUUGCGGACGAUCAGGGCUACGUUUUGUACCCCCAGAUUGGGGACCGCCUGGACCUCAUCUGCCCGCGAGCGGACAUCCCCGGCCCCAACAGCCCGGCCGAGUACGAGUUCUACAAGCUGUACCUGGUGUCGUCCAGAGAGCAGGCGGACCGCUGCGAGGUGACCGGCUCGCCGAACCUGCUGCUGACCUGCGACAAGCCCACCGGGGACACACGCUUCACCAUCAAGUUCCAGGAGUACUCGCCCAACCUGUGGGGCCACGAGUUCAAGACCCUGCACGACUACUUCAUCAUCGCCACCUCAGACGGAACACGCCAGGGCUUGGAGAGCAUGCGAGGGGGUGUGUGUGCCACGCAGGGCAUGAAGGUGGUCCUUAAAGUGGGGCAGAGCCCCUAUGGACUUCCACCGAAACCAGCCAAACCUGACGGACGCACCAACUCCAGGAGCCCAGGCGGUAACGGCACGUAUCCCAGAGGUCCGGGCAGCGAGGGCGAGAACGGUCCGCUCCCGGCGUCCAACAUCCCGCUGAUCGCCGGGGCGGCGGGCGGCUCGGCCUUCCUGCUGCUGGUCAGCGCGGUCAUCUGCGCCGUGUGCUACCGCCGGCGGCACGCCAAGCACUCCGAGUCGCACCACCCGCCCCUGUCCCUCUCCUCGCUGACCAGUCCCAAACGCGGCGGGGUCGGCGGCGGGGUCGGCGGGGUCGGCCUCGGAGGUCACCUGGGCAGUCACCUGGGCAGUCACCUGGGCGGGGGCCACGGCCACGGCGGAGGCGGCAGCGGCAACAACAACGGCUCGGAGCCCAGCGACAUCAUCAUCCCGCUGCGGACUUCGGACUCGGCGUACUGCCCGCACUACGAGAAGGUGAGCGGGGACUACGGGCACCCCGUCUACAUCGUCCAGGAGAUGCCCCCGCAGAGCCCCGCCAACAUCUACUACAAAGUGUGA